UACUGACUCAAGGAAGACUGCCCAGACCCUUGGAUGCAUGGAGAACCAUGGAAGGACACGUUCUGCUUAUGAGGGCUACCAAAAGUCUGCAUCCAGUGCUAUUGGAAAUUUGAAAAUCGCUGAAAUUGAUCCAGGUGGUCAUUUUGUAAAGAUUCUGAACUGUGCCCCAGAAAAAGAGGAAAGCAUUGGGGAUUAUCUCUUGAAGCAGGACGUCCAAGGUCAACUAGUGGCUGUAUUUCGGUUUCCCCCCGAGACCAGGAUGGGGCCCGACUCCACCGUGACAGUUUGGGCAGCAGAUGCUACAGUGCUUCACAAAUCUCCCUCAGAUUUUCUUUGCAAGGACCUGGAGAGAUUUAGGACAACCCUUGACUGUGCUACCAUUCUCUGUGAGCCUAGUGGUCAAGCUGUGGCUUGGUACACUCCUCUCUACUGGAACAGAAGGCAAGGAUGGGUGGCGAAAGAGGAAAGUGAGAAAUCU